GAGUAUCUGGAUGUCUUGGAUUUGCUUGCCAUUCUGCUCUGUUCUACCAUCACGUUACCAGACUAGUAGACGUAGGCACUAGACGUGACAAUCAACUCCAUUUGAACUGAGCUGAAGAAACAUUACAGGCAUAGUCUUCAGAAGACAUGUCUCAGAAACAGCCUCAGUCACCUAAUCAGACUUUAAUUUCAAUCACAAAUGACACAGAAUCAUCGUCAAGCCCUGCCGUUCCUAAUGAUACCACAAAUAAAGGACGGACCGGAGACAACUCUCCAGGAAUAGAAGUGCUGUGUGCCAUCUACAUUACUUAUGCUGUGAUCAUUUCAGUGGGCAUCCUUGGAAAUGCUAUUCUCAUCAAAGUAUUUUUCAAGACCAAGUCCAUGCAAACGGUGCCAAAUAUUUUCAUCACCAGCCUGGCUUUUGGAGAUCUUUUACUUCUGCUAACUUGUGUGCCAGUGGAUGCCACCCACUACCUUGCAGAAGGAUGGCUGUUCGGAAGAAUUGGCUGUAAGGUGCUCUCUUUUAUCCGGCUCACUUCUGUUGGUGUAUCAGUGUUCACGUUAACAAUUCUCAGCGCUGACAGGUACAAGGCAGUUGUGAAGCCACUGGAGCGACAGCCCUCCAAUGCCAUCCUGAAGACCUGUGCCAAAGCUGGUGGUGUCUGGAUCGGGUCUAUGAUUAUUGCUCUGCCAGAGGCUAUAUUUUCAAAUGUGUACACUUUUCUAGAUCCUAACAAAAAUAUGACAUUUGAAGCCUGUGCCUCUUACCCUGUUUCCGAGAGGCUCCUGCAAGAGAUACACUCUCUGCUGUGCUUCUUAGUGUUCUACAUUAUUCCUCUCACUAUUAUCUCUGUCUAUUAUUCUCUGAUUGCUAAGACACUUUACAAAAGCACCUUGAACAUGCCUACUGAAGAACAAAGCCAUGCCCGCAAGCAGAUUGAAUCCCGGAAGAGAAUUGCCAAAACGGUCUUGGUGCUGGUGGCUCUGUUUGCGCUCUGCUGGCUUCCGAAUCACCUCCUGUAUCUCUACCGCUCCUUCACGUAUCAAGCCUACGUAGACUCCUCUGCUGUUCAUUUCAUGGUCACCAUUUUCUCUCGGGUUCUUGCUUUCAGCAAUUCCUGUGUAAAUCCCUUUGCUCUUUACUGGCUGAGCAAAACCUUCCAGCAGCAUUUUAAAGCUCAGUUAUUCUGUUGCAAGGCCGAGGUGUCUAAUCCUCCUGCUGCUGACACCCCUCUUAACAACCUGGCCGUCAUGGGCAGGGUCCCUGGCGCUGGGAGCUCGCAGGUGGCUGAGCUCAGCGUGAGCUUGUUCGCUGGGUGCAAUGUGAGGCAGGAAGAGGACAGAGUUUAGCUUUUCGGUUAAAAGUGGGAUUCUCCCUCCCGCUGUGUGUGUCUGAUUUUGAGCUGUG